CGGUGCCUCCAGCCCGGUUCUUCCGCCCCCCCCUCCGCCUUUCCCUCAGGAGCGGGGGCUGUUGCCGAGGGCAGAAGGCGGCUCGGACGUGGGGCUGCGUUUGCUGCUCUCCGGAUAUUUAGCUGAGCGGUUGCUCCAAGCGCUGUUUUAAUGCGAUGCCGCUGCCCUGGGCGCCGCUGCGUUGUCGGCUGGAGCUGGAGCUGUUAGUUAAGAAAGCGUACCGGCAGAAGGCGCUGACUUGUCACCCAGAUAAGAACCCGGACAAUCCCAGAGCAGCGGAAGUCUUCCACCAACUGUCUCAGGCCUUAGCCGUGCUAACAGAUGCAGCAGCAAGGGCGGCGUAUGACAAAGUGAGAAAGGCUAAGAAGCAAGCUGCAGAAAGGACACAAAAACUUGAUGAGAAGCGAAAGAAAGUAAAGCUUGAUCUUGAAGCCAGAGAACGAGAAGCCCAGACCCAUGAGAGUGAAGAGGAGGAGAUCAGGAUAACGAGAUCAUUAGAACAAGAAAUAAUCCGCCUGCGUGAAGAAGGCUCCCGUCAGCUUGAGGAGCAGCAGAGACUCAUUCAAGAACAGAUCCGGCUUGAAAGAGAGCAGCACAUCCAAGGCAAGCAAGAAAGAAAUGGAGCAGAAGGCAAAAUAACUCCUAAACUCAAACUAAAAUGGAAAUGCAGGAAAGAAGACGAGACGAGAGGGGGAUACUCAAAAGAUGUUCUGUUGCAGAUCCUGCAAAAGUAUGGCGAUGUGCUCAAUUUGUUGAUCUCAAGUCGGAAGACUGGGAGUGCAGUUGUGGAAUUUGCUACGGUUAAGGCCGCUGAGAUGGCUGUGAAGAAUGAAGUUGGCCUGAUAAAUAAUCCUCUAAAGAUUUCCUGGCUGGAGGGCCAGCCCCGGAACAAUCCCAGCACUGUGCUUUCUGACAGCACUAGUCAGCCUAGGACUUCACAGAUCAAAAAGAUCUCGUUGCUGAGAGGACUCCUGCCUCGUGCUGUACAGGUGCCCUUAGUCUGUGUCUCGAUCAGCCUUGUGUGUGUUCGCUAUCUAGAUAUUUUAGCAGCUUGUGAGAUUGUUCGGGACAUUCACUCUCCUGACUUUUUGGCAUCCGUGGUAUCGGAACGGGAUUACGAGAGCCUGGUGAUGAUGCGGAUGCGCCAAGCAGCAGAGAGGCAGCAGCUUAUUGAACAGCUCAAGCGGGAAGAUGAGGAAGAGUCUCACACCUAGCAUGAGAGAGUAUGGAUUCUCCCUACCCCAUCAGUCUUCAUUUCCAAAGCUGUUUCUUAAAUUAAGUCAAUAAACCUCCUUUUUUUAAAACUGUU